UCAAGCUGCCUUGAGGUAUUAUCAUAGUUUAAAGUAAAGGUUUUGACGGUUUGUCUGUCUUGUGUAUCCGUUGUACAAAUAAUUUCAGCAAUGACACGACUCUCGAUACUUGUUAUAACUCUGGCUCUGUUAACGAACAGCGGCUGCGGAAGUUUGACAUUUUGGUUAAACCUUCUUGGACUCGGUAUGCCAAUGAGUCCUCUUCCCCUUCCUGCGCCUCGAGUUGGAUUAGCUGAAAGAAUUGGCAACAGAGUGAGCAGUCGAGUGGACAAAAUCCAAGAUCAAUUAAUGGACAGAAUGGGUGGGGUGGUUGAUAAAAUGACUGACAGAGUCGGGAACAGACUGGAUCAAGUGGGUGAGACACUGACCAAUAAUUUUAACGAAACUGUGUCCAAAGGAUUCGACAGUCUGCCCCAGUUGCCCGACGGACUGGAUGAAAUUGGCAAAAAGGCACUCAGUUUGUUACCCGGCGGACUAGGCAACUUGCUUGGAGAUAAAAAUUAUAAGAAUGAUGAAGUUGAAGAUCUCAAUGGACAGAGCGUUAAUCAGGCUGAAGAUGCUGGAAAUAAUUCAAAACAAGUUUCAAAUCAACAAUCGACGGACCGAUCCAAAGACGGAUCGCCAAACCAAACAAAUGACGGUGCUAACCGUAGAGCAGACAGUCAAAAUGUGUUAGACCAAUUUGUUAAUAAUAUGGGAGCUGGGCUUAGUAACAUUUUUGGCUAAAAUUAAUGAACUUUAUAAGAAACUGACUCAACGAUCAAA